CCCAUGCGUUCUCCCCAUGUGAGCGACGCGUUGAGUAGACAGACGGUGUAAAUUAUUGUAUUAUUUGUAUUUUUAGUUCUAAAAGGUUGCUGUAGUUUUUGUCAAUAUGAAGAAAAAGAGGAAGAAUUCGACUUUAACAGAAGAUACAAUUCCUGAGACGGAAGUACCAGAGAGCUCUCAGAAUGAAGAAGCAAAGCAGAAAACGAAAAAGUCUAAGGACCCAAAACGAAAAGCAAAGGACACGGUGUCAGAUGAUGGGGUCUUACGGCCAGUCAAGCUGUCCAAAAAAGAGCUGUACAAAGCCCCCACUGUGGAAGAGCUCAACCAGCUGAAAGAAGCAGAAAAUCUCUUCCACUGCAGUUUAUUGAAAAUGCAGAUGGAAGAACUGCUGAAAGAAGUGUCCCUCAGUGAGCACAGGAAGAAGCUGGUGGACUCUUUUGUGCAGCAGAUUACAGAAUUCCUGGACUGUGUGCCUGAAUCUGAAGUUGUGGAGUUGAAUGAUGUUUCCUGGUUGUCAAAAGUUGAAGUGCCGUUCUUCCUCGUUCCUGCGGCAGCAGCGGGCAAGUUUCACAUGGAGGCUCCAGCAUCAGUCAGCCAGGUGGGCAGUUAUCCACUGGGCACCUGCAUCAAACCCAGAGUCUGCGUGGACCUGGCUGUCAUCAUUCCUUCUUCUGUUUUGCACCCAAUGGAUGCCAUUAACCAGCGGUACCCUCGAAAGCGAGCGCUGUAUCUGGCAGGCCUGGCGCAGCACCUUUCUUUCUUAAAGGCUGUGGGUUCAAUGAGCUACUCCUGUCUCCAUGGCAAUCGGCUUCGCCCAGUCCUACUAGUCAAACCCUCAGGUAAAGACGGGGAUAAGGUCACAUUGAGGAUUCAUGCCAUUCCCCCACCAGACUUCCUCAAACCUAGCCGUUUCCAUCCUCGGAAGAACAAUGUGAAGACUGAAUGGUUUACUGGUGUUGCCAAGGAGGAACAAGGGGCUGCUGGGCCUGCUACUCCUCAUUAUAACAGCACAGUUCUUGGAGAUCAUCUGCCACUGUCACAUCUUCAAUUCCUGUCGGCUGUCAGUGCACAGUGUCCAGCUUUUGUAGAUGGUGUAGCCCUUCUGAAAGUCUGGCUGAGACACAGAGAAUUGGACCAGGGUGCAGGUUGUUUUUGCGGCUUCCAUGCAUCAAUGUUAAUGGCUUAUCUAUUGUCCACGCACAAAGUGGGCAAAACCAUGAAUGCCUACCAGCUGUUCAGGAAUGCACUGCACUUCUUGGCUUCCACAGAUCUGACUGAGAAUGGUAUCACAUUGGCUAAAAACCCAGACUCUAAAGCGCCGGCACUGCCAGAGUUUCAUGCAGCAUUUUCUGUAGUAUUUGUGGACCCUUCUGGGCAUCUCAAUCUGCUUGCAGAAAUGACAGCUUUUACCUACAAACAGAUCCGACAUGAGGCUUCACUGUCAUUGAAGUUCUGGGAUGAUCCAACAGUUGACGGCUUUCAGACUCUGCUCAUGACGCCUAAAUCCAUGAUCAGAACAUAUGACAAUGUCUUUCAACUGGGUGAGCUGGUGAAAUUGCAGGCUUCUUGUAAGAAGCUUUCACUGCUGAAUGAGCUCAUGGACCACAGUGGCAACUAUGUCCAGAGUGCAAUUCCUUUCAUUUUGUCCCUAUUGAAGCGAGGCCUUGGAGAAAGAAUACAUCUUUUGGUGCAUUCGCUUCCUCCAGACCCUGAGUGGUCGGUAAAGAGUCCUCCUCCUAAACACAAGGACCAGUCACCGCUGAACAUUGGUUUGCUGCUGAACCUGGAGCAUGCACUCUCUGUUCUUGAGAGAGGACCGCCUGCUGAUAACCCCAAGGCAGCUGAGUUCAGGCAGCUAUGGGGCUCCCGCUCUGAGCUGCGGCGCUUCCAGGAUGGAGCCAUUACUGAGGCGGUACUUUGGUCAGGAAGCAGUGCCUGUGACAAGAGACUCGUGCUGCUGGAGAUCAUCACUCACCUGCUGCAGCUUCAUGCAGACAUUCCUCACUCGUGUGUGAGAUUUGUUGGUGGACAACUGGAUGAUGUCAUUAAAGUUAACAAAGAGCUCUGCACUACAGGUGAGGAGGAGAGUCUGAAGGUGGUUCAGUCAUAUGAUGAUCUCAGCAGGAAGCUCUGGCAGUUGGAGGGUCUGCCACUGUCCAUCACAUCAGUCCAGGGUGCCCACCAGGCCUUAAGAUACACACAGGUUUUCCCACCAGUCCCUAUCAAGCUGGACUAUUCAUUUUUCGACAGAAAGAAGAACCAUCUUGGAUUGGUGCCAAGGGAAGACAGACCUUGCCCUUAUUACAUCACCCCUAUUAAAGUCAUUGUUCAUAUGGAGGGAAGUGGAAAAUGGCCUAGCGAGCAACUGGCUAUACGCCACAUCAAAGCUGCCUUUCACAUCUGCUUGGGUGACCUGCUUACCAAGCACCAUGAUUACAAAUGCCAUGCCAAACCCAACUACGUGGAUGUAUGGAAGGAUGGACUAGCCUUCCGUGUUGAAGUGGCUUAUCACAGAGAACCACACAUCUUGAGGGAAAGUCUGACCCCUGAAGGAAUGCUGAUCUACAGGGAUAAUGCUGAGGCCCAGGCGCUAGAGCUGGAGACCCAACACAAACCUUUCCUGACCAGCACCUUGCAUGGGCUUCAGCAGCAGCAUGGAUGUUUCGGUGCUGUUUGCCGCCUGGCUAAACGCUGGUUGGCAGCUCAGUUCCUGUUGGAAGAUGUCCGAGAAGAAGCAGCAGACCUGAUGGUGGCUUCACUGUUUCUACAUCCUGCUCCCUUCACUCCACCAAGCUCUCCUCAGGUGGGAUUCCUACGCUUUCUUCAUUUGCUUUCUUGUUUUGAUUGGAAAAACAACCCCCUGAUAGUCAACCUUAAUGGGAAGCUCACAGUUGCUGACAUCACAGAUAUAAAGAAUGACUUUGUGUCUUCGAGAGAAUCUCUCCCCACCAUGUUUAUAGCUACUCCUAAUGACAAGAAGGUCUCCAUCUGGACUAAAAAGGUUCCUUCUGUGCAGAUGCUCCAGCGGGCUGUCAUGUUGGCAGCAGAGAGUCUGCGUGUUUUAGAGAAUCAGCUUAUUGACUCCAAGCAAAAACAGGACGUUCGGGUGGUAUUUCGUCCUCCUCUGGAGGCUUAUGAUGUUCUGAUCCACCUCAUUCCACAGCAGGUUCCUCUGUUAGCUAAAGCUGUGGAUGCUCCUGCCCUCAGUUUCCAGCAGGGCACCUUUAAAGGUGAACCAGUGGCCUCAGGAGGAGCUCUGCCAGUCAUAGACUUCAAUCCAGUCCAGCUGUAUCUGUCUGAGCUCAGGGAUGCAUUUGGAGACCUGGCUCUGUUUUUCCAUGACCCAUUUGGUGGAACCGUGAUUGCUGUGCUGUGGAAGCCAAAUGCCUUCGAGCCACGACCUUUCAAGACAUCUUUAAUGAAUGCCCGACGCGUGGAAAUGAAUGGUGAUGUGGCAACCACGGUGCCAAACGUAGAGGCCAUCCUGCAGGAUUUCCGCAUCAUUGGGGAGGGACUCGUCAGAAAACUGGAACUAAGGACAGAAAAAUGGAUUGUCUAGGAUCUGGCAGUGUUUUCUAUGGAAACAACUGUGCAUCUUGCGUUUCCGUGUGUUUACUUGUAACAUUAAAUGUACUCUGUGCUUUGAUUAAAUUCUCAGCAUCUGCCUUUUAA